AUUCUAGUAUUGGCCGAUGUUCGAGGUGAGACAGAUUUUUCCUUAAAUCAUACUGUAUUCAAGAAUCGUCUCGGAAUACAACCGAGCCUUGCCGGCCACGGUAAACAAAAGCGAUUGGACUCAUGUUGGCCCCCUGACAAUUGCAAAACUUGGACAGAGAGCCGCAUCGGAAUCGAUUAGGGUACGGCGAGCCCAGACACUGUUUCUAUGACUAGGAGACUCUAGUUCCAAUGAGUGAUGUUUUCUAGAUGCUGCAUCAAGAAAACAUCAGCCAUUGGGACUAGAAUUUCGCUGGGCUCAAGCACAACCACCGCUUUUUCGGCGCCUCCACUGGAUUUCGCGUCUCUCCCUGACAUAUUUCCUCGAAACCCAUCAAAGAAGUCGUGUACCAUGGAGGAGGGUUCAGGCGCAACCAUUGACCUGGACUGGAACACUCUGUCUCCUGAUCUAGCUGAGCGUGUCGUAGCUGCUAUGAAUGUGCGUCUUGCCUCCAUGACCAACCGUCCAUCGUACAUUGGCCCAAUACUGGUUUCGUCUUUGGAUUUUGGCACUAAUCCACCGGAAGUCGAACUCGUCGAUGUGAGAGAUAUAUGUCCCGAUUUCCUUGAGGACGAUGAAGAUGAGGAAGUCAAUGAAGAGACUCCUCUGAACACUAAUAAUUUCAGAGAAAUGGAGGAUGACUUUGAGUGGGUAUCCAGGAGGGAAGGAGCCAGCGCCCGGUAUGCGCAGGCACACUCCGAUGCAGGAGGAUAUCCUACACCAUAUAGUUUCCUGCCUCCGCACAUCCGCCCUGGGUCAUCGUCAUCUGCAGAAUUUCUGCUUCGGCCUCCGGGAAUGCCGAACACUUGGGAGCGUCGACGUCCCCCGAUGGGAAUUUGGAGUAGUUACAUGAGCAUGCCGAACUUGGCCACCACCUCGGGAAUGACGUUCCCUGAGACUCAACAUGCAUCAGAUGACUCCAGGGGAAAGUCUCGUAAUGAACUAAAUGAUGAGGGCGCCGAGAUAAACUCGAUGCUCUCUUUCCCGAACUCUGACUCACCGGAACCUCCCUUGGCAACCACUCAAGAUACACCCAUCAAAAAACCUCCCCCGCCUGAUCCGUCGGCUCAGCCUAGCGCUCAACUGCACUUUCGGAUCAUGUUCGAAUCAAAUCUACGCCUCACUCUCUCCACAUCCUUGCAAAUAAAUUAUCCAUCCCCAUUGUUUAUGGCUCUUCCGGUUAAGUUGUCCAUCAUUGGACUUAUUUUCCAGGGAGAAGUUGUCGUUGCUUGUGAGGGUGACCGGAAGCGGAUCCACCUUUGCAUCUUGGAUGAUCAGGAUCCUUUUGGACCCGCCGCGAUCCGGAAUUCAUCUUCAAGUCAGGAAGUGAACAGCACUCCUGAUGGUCAAGAGAACCCAUCCCUAUCCAUCCCCGAUAUCGCAGCACCUCUUCGUCCACGGCCUGAGUCACCAACAGCGCCGAUUGGCGUGCGUUUGUUGCCCUCCAUAUUCAUUGAGUCUGAGAUUGGCCAGCAGGAUAAGCAUGUGCUUAAAAAUGUUAAUCGGGUGGAGAGAUUUGUGCAGGAUGUCAUUCGAAAAACGGUUGAAGAAGAAUUGGUUUUUCCGAAUUUUAUGACGAUUGUGUUGGAUGGUGGGCACUAGGAUGAAUGUUUCCAAUCGAUUUAUCGUUGAAUGUGUUGGGGGAUGAUGCUCUAGCAUGGGGAUGCUGAGUUUAUAUGACCUACGACCGGGAGCUUCGACCAACAGCGAUGGGGGCUAUGAUCCGCGGUGAAGCGCUAGAAUCCUUC